UGUGGAAUCUGUAGCCCAUGGAUGUAUACAGUGUCUGUGAGACUUAUAUACAGGACCCGAGUAUGGCUAUCAAAUUCUUCUCACCUGGCCAUAGUAGUGAAUCUUCAAAAUUCGCCUUGCAAGUAUUGGGUGACACAGUGAUUAGCUCUCGUGAACUAGCUGGUGCAGGCAUAACAUCGAGUUGUAGGGCAGAAAGUGCACUUCUCGACUGGAUACCAGUUAACGGCCGUCUAUAUGCUGUUCGACUGGGUGGAUCUGUAACGAUCUGGAAGGAUUGUGAGACUGGGGGAUGUCUAUUUGUAGUCUCCGCGUACUCACCCACCGACUGCAGUUCGGACAAUGCGAAGGAUCGAUUCAAAUGUAGUCAUAAUGUCAGAUGAUUUUUACGCUCAAUUAGGGAAGCUAAGCCGAUCGGAAAAGCAUCUUGAAGCUAUUUACG